CUUUGCUUAGGUUCACUAAAACAUCAUCAUCUCUUGCUUCCUCUCAAUGCACUAUUUCUCGGUAACGCUUUCCUCCCUUCUUUUCUAAACUCGAAAUCAAUUCGCCAUGGCGGCCUCCUCCGCCUCGGUCUUCCUUCCACUCUAUCUAUACCCGUCCCUCCGCCGGAACCCUUACCCUCACCGACACUCGCCCUUCCUUUCGCGUAUAAAGUCUUCUUGUUUGAUCACCGUCUCCUCCCUCGGCAACAGCGGCGACCCCGGUGGCAGUGAAAGCGGCGGCUCGUGGGUCAGCCCUAACUGGCUGAGCUCCCUCGCGCGCUCUCUCUCCGCAAAAGGUGACGAUUCGGGCAUCCCGGUGGCAAAUGCUCGGCUUGAGGAUGUCUCCGACCUCCUCGGUGGCGCACUCUUCCUCCCGCUUUACAAGUGGAUGCUCGAGUACGGUCCUGUCUUCCGCUUGGCUGCGGGUCCCCGCGAUUUCGUCAUCGUCAGUGACCCUGCUACCGCGAAGCACGUGCUGCGGAGCUACGGAAGCAAGUAUGCCAAGGGCCUCGUCUCCGAGGUCUCGCAGUUCCUCUUCGGUUCAGGCUUUGCUAUUGCCGAAGGACAGCUCUGGACGGUUCGGCGCAGAGCAGUUUUACCAUCCCUUCAUAGAAAAUUUUUGUCUGAGAUGGUUAAUAAAGUGUUCUGUAGAUGUGCUUUGAGAUUGGUGGAAAAGCUCAGGCCAUAUGCCAUAAAUGGUGCUUCUGUGAAUAUAGAAGAGAAAUUUUCUCAAUUGACCCUGGACGUAAUAGGUUUAUCCUUGUUUAACUACAAUUUUGAUUCUCUAACUUCUGACAGUCCAGUUAUUGAUGCAGUUUACACUGCACUGAAAGAGGCAGAGGCUAGGUCCACUGACAUUUUUCCAUACUGGAAGGUAGAACUUCUUUGCAAGAUAAUUCCACGGCAAAUAAAAGCAGAAAAAGCUGUUACCAUAAUUAGAGAGACUGUUGAGGAACUCAUUGCAAAGUGCAAAGAGAUUGUAGACGCUGAAGGUGAACAGAUUAAUGGGGAGGAUUAUGUCAAUGAUUCAGAUCCUAGCAUUCUCCGUUUUCUACUUGCUACACGUGAUGAGGUUUCUAGUGUCCAGCUACGAGAUGACCUAUUAUCUAUGUUGGUUGCUGGCCAUGAAACCACCGGUUCAGUAUUGACAUGGACUCUUUAUCUUCUAAGUAAGGAUUCAUCUGCUCUAGCAAAGGCACAAGAGGAGGUUGAUAAUGUUCUAGGAGGAAAGUUUCCUACAUAUGAUGAUGUCAAGGAAUUGAAGUAUUUAACGCGUUGCAUACAUGAGUCAAUGCGCCUUUAUCCACACCCACCUGUUUUGAUAAGGAGGGCUCUAGUUGCUGAUGUUCUUCCGGGAAAUUUUAAGAUUAAUGUUGGUCAAGAUAUAAUGAUUUCAGUUUACAAUAUUCAUCGAUCUCCUCAGGUUUGGGAUGGAGCAGAAGAUUUUAUGCCCGAAAGAUUUGAUUUGGAGGGACCCGUACCAAAUGAGACGAACACUAAUUUCAGAUUCAUACCAUUCAGUGGGGGACCACGUAAAUGUGUUGGCGACCAGUUUGCUUUGUUAGAAGCCGUUAUUGCUCUUUCAAUUUUCCUGCAAAAUUUGAAUUUCGAGCUGGUUCCUGAUCAGAAGAUCGGCAUGACUACUGGAGCAACCAUUCAUACAACAAACGGUUUGUACAUGACAUUGAGUCCAAGGAAUAUAUCGAAACAAUUCUCACUCUCCUAAUGUGCUUCCUCAUGUUUACAUCAAAAUUUCAUAUAUAAGCGAGUACCUGAUGGAUGCUAUGUAAUUGUGAAGGCAGUAAUACCGUGUUCUGGAAUCUGUUGGGCGUUCAUCACUAUAAUCAUGAACUUCAGCACGCUAUUUUGUUGUGAUCGUUCAUGUGUUAUGACCACAUGAAUUUUUUUAUUAUUAGUGAUUUCAGCCUGGCUGAAAUUUGAAUUAUGAGAUGCAAACCUAUGCAUAGUAUUUGUCUUGGGUGCAAGAAUAUAUCAUCCAACUCAUAAUUGUCAUAUAUUUAAAUAAAUAUUGAGUCCCAUAUGUGCCAUAUUUAUGUUUUUGUCCCUACGUGUUCUUGUUUCCAUGCAUUAUGGCACCGUCAUUCCUUAAUGGUUGAGUAUUCUUAAUGCCAA